ACCUAGAUUUAUUAUCUGUAUGGAAAAAUCAAUUCUUUCAUUCGUAUCAUUCACUCAUUCUUGUGACCGAUGCAGCUUGUGACUGGAGAAAUUAGUUUUUCUUUUAAUUUAUUUUAAUUUAAUUUCUUUUCAUUUUAUGAUGAUUGAAGGACGUGCAAAUGAACUACCCGAUUUCCAAGUUUUUCAGACGGUGAUAAAAUACUGCCUGAUCAUUAUCGUGGUACCCGUACUUUCGUUCUUUACGGCAAAGAGUGUCCUAUUUGAUGGAAUAUUACGUCUAGAGCCAAUUACGAGCAGUGUAUACUCGGCUGUAGUUGCGGUAGUGGUGCUGCACUUAACCCUAGGACUUUAUAUCUUCAAAGCGUAUACUGACACGGAGAAAUCGGACAAACCAGUGAAACCUGUCAAAAAAGACUAAAAUAUUUUAAUACAAACAUACCAACGACCUCAUCACAAUGGACAACUUAUACAUGAAAGGUGAACUGUUACAGGUUCAUACCAAGAACAGUGAAGUAUAUGAAGGCCGGUUUUAUGGUAUGACUAAUGAUAAGUCUAAAAUUUCUCUUUACAAUGUUAAGGAUUCACCUAAAGGAGACCUAAGUGAUGGUGUACUACACUAUUAUGACUCAGAUAUAAGGGAUAUUGUUAAACUUAAA